UCAAGCCAAGAAAGAGAAUAUUUGUUAAUUCAGAACAAGAUGUCAUGCGUUUUGUCAACAAUUUGACUUUAGAUAGAGUCUUAGAAAAAAAUGAAGCCCAGUUAGUUCAAGCAGCAUUCAGAUUUGACGAUUUAAGAGUCGCCUCUAUCGCCACUCCCUGGGAAAAAGUUGUUGCCUUCAAUCAUGAAAUGCCCUACCCCGAAAUCCAGGCCAUUCACUCCCGAGAAUUUUUCACCCGUUAUCCAAUUUUAAAUCAAAAAAAAGAAGAUAAAUUGGACAAAGUUUUAACUAAAUUACAAACCACUAAUUCACGCAUGGCUGUCAUUCAAGAGAAAAAAAAAUUGCUAGGCAUUAUCACCCUCCAAGAUGUUUUAAGUGCCCUAGUGGGAAAAAUAAAAGAUGAAAAAGAAAUAUUGUUACUUCCUCGACGUUAA